AUGAUUCUUGUUGGGAUCUUCGCGUUGGCAUAUUUUGGAAUAGAUGACGCCAAAGCUCAAUGCGUGAUUACGAUAAAUGGAACGAAUUUCACCGAUGGUAAACUUCCUCCACCUAUGUCCUAUUAUAAAACCCAAUUCCCAAUAACAUAUAUCGUAGAUAUGGGUGCCGCGGUUUGCAAAUUUAAGAUCGAUAUGUCGCUCUAUGUCAGUGGGACAAAUAUAACUGCUACCAAUGGUAAUGACGUGAAAUAUGUAUACAAUAGUGGUAAAGAAGAUAAAUCAAAAGCCUCGAACGCAAAUGUCAAUAUAACUUUGGUUCAGGGUAGUAAAAUGGGUGGAUACCAAAAUUUAACAUUGAAUGUUGAUGUUCUAAAACAAGCCCCUACUACCAUUGUUGUAAGAGUUUAAUCUAAUUCUUCUCUCUCUUUCUUUCUUUCUUUCUUUCUUUCUUUCUUUCUUUCUUUCUUUCUUUCUUUCUUUCUUUCUUUCUUUCUUUCUUUCUUUCUUUCUUUCUUUCUUUCUUUCUUUUCUUUCUUUCCAU